AUGGUGCAGGAUGGAGGAGAGAAGGAUAUGGUGCAGGAUGGAGGAGAGAAGGACAUGGUGCAGGAUGGAGGAGAGAAGGAUAUGGUGCAGGAUGGAGGAGAGAAGAACAGGGUGCAAAAUGGAGGAGAGAAGGACAUGGUGCAGGAUGGAGGAGAGAAGGAUAUGGUGCAGGAUGGAGGAGAGAAGGACAUGGUGCAGGAUGGAGGAGAGAAGGACAUGGUGCAGGAUGGAGGAGAGAAGAACAGGGUGCAGGAUGGAGGAGAGAAGGAUAUGGUGUAG